AUGACACCCAAAGUUGAGUCAAGGCAUGUUGCCGAAACUCUACUCGCUCCACUGGGUCUCGAAGUCACUUCAUGCCGUGAAAUCCAGACAUUGUGGGCUGGCUACGGCCACAUCUGCGCCAUCACGGUCAAGGCCGCAAACGAGGCGAUUGCCGCUUCCGUGCGCCGCCUUUAUAACGAUUCAACCAAUGGCAACACUUUCCGUCUGAUCCUGAAACUCAUAUCUCCUCCUCCCGGUAAAAAGGAUGAGGGUCAUCUCCGAAAAGUCCUGAGCUAUGACGUUGAACAGUUCUUUUAUGAGGAAAUCACGCCUCGUCUCGAGGAUGACAUUGCAGUAGCACAUUGCUUGACCUCAAGCAGACGUCCCAAUGCCGAGGGAAGCAAGCUACAAGGACUCACUGCAACUGUGCUCACCGACUUGCGCAUCAAGUUUCCUGUUGCAGGCGAAAAGAGAUCCGUUCUCAGUCCCCGCCAAGUCCAAUCUGCGCUGCAGUGGCUCGCAAAGUUCCACAGCAGCUCCUGGAAAUCCUUGCCCACUAACCUGGACGAUUUUCUCCUCCCACCACUUGAAGAGUCGAAGCGAAGAGAAUCGCAAAAGGGCGGCGACAAGUUAUGGUUGAAUGGAGGCUACACCUAUCUGGCAACCCGGCGAAGCGAGUAUGCCUCUCUGGCCGAAGAUACAUAUUCGGAAUGGACCGAAGCUUUCUGCGCACCCUUCGAAGGCUCUGUUUUAUCUACUGCCGAGGCGGUGGCCGAAUUCCUCACGCCGCGUGGUCGACCUUUUGAGACGUUCAUCCAUGGCGACGUCAAGUCUGAAAAUCUCUUCACCACCCAAUCGGGCAACGAGGUGUGCUUCUUCGACUUUCAGUAUGCAGGACUUGGUCUAGGCGUCUGUGAUCUAGCCAAGCUCUUCACAUGCUCUGUUCCUCUCAACAUGCUCACUGAACACGACGCGAUUCCAGACGAACUACCGAUGGAUCAAGGGGAGGAGGCCCUGCUACAGCUUUACCGCAAAACCUUGCUCAGUCGGCGAUCUCCGGAAAAGGAACCCUUCAACUACGAUUGGGAGGUCUUUGUCAAACACUGGGAGGCAGCUCUUGUUGAUUGGUGUCGCUUCCAGGCGUCAUGGGGAUUCUGGGGUAACACGGAAUGGCUCGAGGCAAGAGUGAGAAGUAUUCUCAAGGAUGCAUCCUGGAGGAAGUGGUUGCGACACGAGGUUUCUGAUCGAAACGGAGUUUGA